CAGCAAAAUCCAGAUGGAACGACAGGUAUUAUACUAAAUUGUGCAAGGGAAUAUAUCAACCUACUUGCAAUCCGAGGCCAUUAACGCAUGACAAGCGAGAUUCCCCGGAUUUUCGAACAGUUGGAUCUGCCGAUAUCGUGCUCACCAACAAAUACUGUUGCCAAAUCAACGAAUGUUCGAGUUUUCAUCAAAAAGAAGACGGCACUUUUUACAAACAAACCUACGAAGCUUCGGUUAGAAAAGGAUAAGAAAAAAUUGGAACUGUACAGUUGAUGCGCAGAGAUGAGUAGUUUCUACAGGUAAGACUAAGCUUAGCAUUCGAGGCUCAGAUGGUUACAAGUACUACUAG